GAUGAAUGAAGGAGGGGUCUGAGUAUGAAGACCACUCCUUCACAGGAGAGCUUCUUAAUGCCAUAUCAGAUUAAACUAAAACUCAGUUGUGUCCUGCCAUCACAAAAUGCAUCUCCUUACGCUGAUCUUUGGGAUUGUGCUUCUCCCUAAAGCCUACACCCUGAAAUGUCAUGAGUGUGUCCCGAGAACAUCAGGAACCUGCACAGAUACAACAAAAGAAUGCCCUUCACGGAUUCAUCAGUGCCGUGCAGUAAGAAUCACUUCAUAUGCAGGUGGUUCAAAACUUGCUGAUGUCAACAUGAAAACUUGUGCUUUGGAUAAACAGUGUGCUGAGGGCUCAGUCAACUUUGGAAUAUCCAGAACCGUAAUUACCAGCAAGUGCUGCACCUCCGAGCUCUGCAACACUGAACAUGCCCCUGAACCUAUUAAAUCCAAUCCCAGUGGUAACAAGUGCUACAGCUGCGAUGGACAAAAGUGCACCUCAAUUCUAAAGUGCGAGGGGGGUGAGGACCACUGCAUCUCAGCAACGGUGAACAUAGGAGGUGAAAAGACGACCGUGAAGGGCUGUGCCUCCGAGUCAAUAUGUUCAAACAAGGUCAAUGCACAGAUUAAAGGAGUCAUUGCAGGAGAAAUGACCUGCUGUCAGGGUGACCUCUGCAACAGCGCCAGCAGCACAAGUACUGGCCUUCUGCUCCUGGUGGCACCGCUGGGCUCUUUGGUCAUGUUCUCUUAACUGGUGGAGACAGCAGCAUCACUGCUCAGUUUUUCUUUUCAUGUCUGCAUGGCCUCAUAGUGCUCCCACCCCUUUUUUAUCCUUUCAACCAAUGAGUGAGAAAGUAGAAAUUUAGCAAGCAUAAAUAGUAUAAAAAUAUCAUUUAGUAAAGUUAUGGUUUCCCUCUGUCUCCUGCUUCAUACAGUUUUUAACCUGCAUAUUUUCUUUUUUUGCAUGUUGCCUAAACAGAUAGUAGCGACUGUCUUGCAUAGAAUAGUUGUCAACAACAGCUAAAACAACAAGUAUAACAAGAACAAUGUAAAAAACUAUUAACUAUUCACUAAAUUUUUGUUCAGAGUGCUAUUAUUAACCUGAAACCUAUUUUUAAUUGGAAUUAUCAGAAAUAUUUUGAUGUUACUGAUGAAAAGCAAAAUAAACAGAUUUCUUAAAAUUC